UUCCUUGCGACGGCGCCCGUGAACUGGCACGAGAACCAGGUCAUCCGGAGAUACUUCCUCAACAAGGAGGAGGGCUUUGUCUCGUGCGUGUACUGGAACAACCUCUAUUUCAUCACAGGCACAGACAUUGUGCGCUGCAUCGCGUACAAAAUGGCCCACAUCGGGCGCCAGAUCGUCGACCGCAAAAAGUUUGAAGAGGGCAUCUUUUCAGAUCUCCGGGCCCUCAAAUGCGGCACGCACGCCGUUCUAGAAAACUCAAGAUCCCAGUUCUUGAAGUUUUUGCACAGGAACCAGUGUCUCCGGACCCAGAAAAAACAGAAGGUGUUUUUCUGGUUCAGCGUCCCCCACAACAAGCUC